CAAUUGACAAGAAGGAAGGAUCGGGCAACAAACGGAGAACCUGUUGUUCGUAGGAGAGAACUGAGGAAUGUAGACAUACCGUAAACGUGAAUACCAUCAUGAACACCAUAAGAAAUUCACAACAUACAUCGAAUUCCUAUAAUGGAGGAACUAUAGGAAGAGACAGUCCGUCAGCAUUGUUGGAUAUGCUUGCAGAAGUUGCGUCUCAGACGUUGCAUUCGGAGGAGAACAUUCGUAUGAAAUCAAUGCUGACAUCGCAAAACAAAUCUAAAACAGCUAGUACGAAACGGAAAGAUUCAUGCUUUACUGUAUCUCAGCUUUUAUCUAUGCCUGUCUCCCAUCUUGUUAAACAGUUUACUAUUUUUACAAGUGACGAACUUAAGCGACAAUAUUCUUACACUUGCGCAUUACUGCCUGGUUGUCAACAGAAAUACACCAGUUUUGCUAGCGAAGAGAAGGCAAGGGUGUCCAUUAAAACUCACUUAGAAGAGCAUUUAGAAUAUUUAAAAGCUGACAAAGAGGCCUAUGAUACAUUUACAGCAAAAAGCGUAAACCAUAAAAGUUUAAAGAUUAAUCUACAGAGCAAAAAAAGUCGGAUGCUGCAAACAAAGAAACCCCAAGAGACGUUAAAUAAGGAGAACAAGGAUGUAAUAUCAGAAAAAUCGACGAAUUAUUUCUGCAAGAUACUUUUAAAUAAUAUCAAUAUCAAAGAAAACGGAAAGCAGAAGUGUUUUCAGAAAUCAGAGAACAAGGAAAUUUAUAAUUCUGAAUUGAAAACCUGUGAGCAAAUGGAUGUUAAAGUUCUCGGCGAUCAUAGUUAUUUCGAACGAUUAGAUGAUAAAAUGCCUAAUAGAAAGGGAAUUUCACCACCCGUUACAUCUAAUAAUGUUUUUGAUGAUGCAACAAACGAAGAGAAGAUUGUACUGAUGGUUGUUGGCACAGAUAGCGUACACAUGAAAGAGUAUUCUCAUGUCAACGAAGAGUUAGCUGAAAAGACAAAUUGUCCAGAUUCGGACACCGUUUAUUUACCAGAUGACACUCAGAUAAAAAGCACGGAAUCGUCAACAACGACCAAGCCUAAAGGGAAAGCGAAGUUCAUUGGCACGAGCAAGGAGGAGAGAGAAAUGGCACUAGCGUACAUGGAGCGCAUUAAGAAGAAGGGCAAUCCCACGGGAAGCAACCUUCAAUGCCGCAUUUGCGAUCCACCCCGUAGUUUCACAGCGCCUACGACUUUGGUGUCCCAUUACCGCAGCCAUGCCGGAAUAAAGCCGUACGAGUGCCGGAUCUGUCGGGCGGUCUUUACGAGGAGGCACAGCUUGAAGUACCAUAUGUUGAUUCAUCAAAAUCAAACGCGCUUCACGUGCGGGGAUUGCGGGAAGAAGUUCAGACACCCGUCACACUUCAGGGAACAUCAGCGCAGACACACUGGAGAGGCACCGUUUGGGUGCGAUGACUGUGGGCAACGGUUUAAAACAAGAAAUACUUACAAGCGUCACUUAAAAACGCGGCACGGCAAGAUUCUCACAACGAUCGGUGAGGUUUUGAAUCUUUCCGAGGAAGACUUUCAAAAGGUUCGAACCAGUCGAAGAAGAAAAGACGUUUGCGCGCCACAGACUACAGUGAACGCCGUGUCCAAUGCGGUCGUCGAUUAUGGAAAGCAGAACGACGAGGCGCAAGCUUCGAGUACAAUGGAAGAAUGUGUCAUGAGGGAGGACGUCAACGAUAUUAACGAAAAUUGGGAGACGAAAGGUACAACGCGAGUUCUUGACAAAUGCUUUGAGGAUUUUGAGAUUUGCUCGGAGCCGCGACUAAACAAGACUGAUGGUACAGAGACUGAAAUAAUCGUAGAUUGUAGAUACCCCAGUAGAAACGGUAGCAAUGUCAGCGUCGAAUGCAUCAACAGUGUACAAAAUGAUCUGUUGCAAGUGAAAAAUUCGCUUUACGAUGACUUAAGAGUAAUCAGUAGCGAAGAGAAACACGUUUAUCAGCACAACAUCAGCGAUCAGAACAAAAUUGACGAUUGCAGCGAUGAGACGGAGUACGAAUAUUCCGAAGUAAAUUGUAACGAUGGCACUCUCAAGACAAAGGAGCAUGAAAACAUGGCGAGAUGUGAAGCAAACCUAGAUUUUCCGAAAGAACAAGAUGGAAGCCACUCGCGUGUGCUGCACGAAUCCACGCACGAUUAUCAUAAAAUAGUGUACGACGGUGAUAAACGGGAGGAAUCCGCAACUUAUAUGCAUUUAAAACCGGAACUGACAGAAGCUGCGAGUUCCAGUGGCGAUAAUCAAACGCGUGAUGAUGCGCACGUUAGUAUGACACAAGACGAUUCUGCAAGUGAGAGAUCCAAGAACUGUGCUACUAGCUUUGACAGCGAGAACGAAGAUCGCGCGAGAAAUAAUAUUAUCUUUUGUACCCAGAUUGCAAAUGCGAAUGUUAAUAUUUUGCAAACAGCCGAUGAAGCUGGAGGAAAGGUGCAACAGGAGCAAGAUAAUGCAUUACAAAAAAAUGUAAGUGAAUCUGAUGUAACCCAGUCGGUAGAGAGCAUGAAUGUCUCCUCUGAGAAUUUGGUUGAGGCAAAUCAUAAAAUCGAUCGACAACAGACUAAUCGAUACUUAUACGUUCGGCCUGAGCCCACGAAUAAAAUAAUUGCUCAAAAUAAAUGCAUAAGCAUACCUCUGCAUCAAGUUAAAUUGUAUCGCAAUCAGCAAAGUCAAUUAAAAGCGGAUUGCGGAAAAAUUAGAAUCCUGAAUGGGAACGUACGAGCAAUUAAUAUAAAGCAAUCUGAUAAACAAAACGCAAUUCUGCUUAUAUCUGGUGAUAAUUUAAAGAAUGGCAUUUUUCAAAUCGACAAAAGUAGCGCUGUAGUGAAAAACUUGAAAAGGUAGACGAUGUGCAAAUUUAAUCGAUAAUAUUUGUACAAUAGAACAUGUAAAGUUUGAUGAUGAUGAUUUAAAGAUGAGUAUAUUUUGUACUAACGUAACAAUUUUGAUAGAGAUAUGAUAACAUAUCUUAAUUGUUUAAGUCUCGAAGGUGAUCGCAAAAUAUAUAUUUGUAAUCGACGAAAAGCGCUGAACAAACAACACAGAUUAACGGUCGAUAAUUUCUACCAAUUGUUUCAAAACCAAUUAUUUUUAUUAAUCUAGUAAUUGUUAUUAAAUUGAUGCCUUUUUUCUUUCAUUUUUUUUAAUAUGAAACAAAAAGAAAAUAAUUGUACUAAUUGACAAUUUUCGAAACGGAAGAAUUACAAUCGCGUUCCUUGACAGUCAAACAAUUGAAAUAAUUAUAUAUGCAAUAAUCUUUGUAAUAUACGAUAAUGAAGGGUUAACAAAGAAUAUGAAGAAAAUAACACUAAAUAAUAGAAAUAAUAUCUUCUCACGUUUCUUCGUUUUAUUAAAAUAUAUAAUUAGUUCAGGCCAGGAAAACGAAAUAAAGUGAAGGAAAUUGAACGAAUCAUGCAUAAUAUUUGAGAGCUUAUUUUUAUAAUUCUUGAGACUUAUUAUUAUGAAAAAUUUCGAUAAGCUUAUUGCUUAUUCGCAUUUAUAUGUAUAUCAAGUCUUCAGAUCUUGUUCAAUGUGGUACUAUUGUCCAGGAUUAAAUUUUGCAAUCUUUAAUUUUUGUUCCUCGAUACACAAAAAGUAAAUUGUUUAAGUUUAUUUGUAGUUCCAUUUAUUGCUUUACUAGAAGAUUCUACUAACAUACAUUUUAUAUUAGGAAUCGUAAAAAAAUGUGGAGUGCCAAAUAUAAGAGAAGAUGUUACAUAUGUGAACUAUAUAUUCUUGAUUUAAUUAAAAAAAUAGAAAUAUUUUAUUACAUAAAUAAAAAUAUUUUUAUUACAAUUCGAUAUAUAUAAUUACAUCUAUUAUAUAAUUUAUUUUUUUAACAUUUUUUAAUCUUGAAAAUCCUCAAUGUUAAUACCUGUUAUCUUAGACUAUGACAUUGAAACAUAAGAAGAAAUACGAAAAUAUACUUUUGCAUUUUUACAGUGAUUUUAUGAACAAAAUCGUACUGACUAGAUAAUAAAAUGUAUCAGUUAAUAAAAACCUAUAAAUGAUGAUAGUAAAAUGUUUAAAUAAGACAGAGUUGUAUAUGAAAACAGUUCAAAGUCCGUAAAAAUAUGAAUGCAAUUUUAACAGUCUUCGAUAAACUUUUUAUCUUUUUAAAUCGAUUUUCAAGAAAAUCGAAUUUUCUUAAUACAUAUACAUAUAAUUUUUGUUUUUCUGGCAACAACUCUUUUAUUAAUCUGGAAUAUGUAUUUUUUUUAGAAUACAUACAAGCUUGAAAAAUAUACCCAUUUUUCUCUCAUCUCUCAUUUUUUUUCUCCAACGAUUUUUAAUAAUAAUUACAAAUAACUAAAAAUAUCCACGUUUGUACAAAUUCAGCAUUAAUAAUGGAAUAAGUUUUAAACCAUAUUUUUUUAUCAAAUUGUUUUCGAAUAUUAUUCAAUAUUUUGGUGUGAGGUAUGUUAAAUAAUGUAAAUAACAUAGUAAUGCUUUAAUGCUAUAUUUAUCCAGGCGAUUGCGAUCAAACCAGCGCUUUCUAUCCUUACAAAAUGCAUUAAAACAAGAUUAAUAUUUUUUAAUAACGGUUAAACAUAUUGUUAUGCUAUACUAUUACUUUCAUAGUUUUUUAUAACUUCAGUGUAUGAUCACUGUGUAUAGACAUCAACAUAGGCUUGUAACAAAACAUUUAGAUUAUAGAAUCAGGAUAUAUUGGCAUCGACUGUAAAAUAACAGAUUCCACGCACAUAAUUGCAGUAGUUGAGACAUUAACAAAACAGGCUAUAUCCGACAACAUUUUCGUUAUUAUGGAGUAAAAUGUGCCUUUAAUAAAAUGCAUAAAAAUAGAAAUAUAUGUAUAAAUAAAUGUGUAUAUAUACACACAUUUAUUUAUAUCAUUUACAGAUACAUAAUUAUAUGAAUAUUAUAUAAUAUUAAGACGUAAUAAACACAUUAAAUUACAUAUAUCUAUCUUCUAUGACAUCACUAGAAAUACAACAAAAAUAUGGCAACUAAUAUGAAUUACACUACUGUACUAACAGAUUAUAAAUAAUAUAGGUACUCUUUUUAUUAUAUAUAAUCCCUAUAAAAUUAUUCGUACUAAUCAGUUCUAUUAGUUUUAAUCGUACAAAUAUAAUAAUAUUGUAAGAGAAAAAAUAAUUUCACUUACACGAUGUAUUUUUCUACGUAUUUUAUACUUAUAAAUAAAUUUCUAAAAACAAUCAA